ACAGAAUGUUGAGAGAGACAAUUUCCUCCUGUUCCAACUGACGUGCAUGUGACUGAGUUUAGAGAGUGUUCUUUAACAAGAAAACAGAGUCGCUUCGUCCACUAUUCCCUUUGGACCGUAGGAACGCUUGACAUGGGUUUACUCUACCUAAUACGACUUUAAUAUUUUAAGAGACUGUUUCCUUUGUCCUUCCUUGUUGUGUUACUGCCCAGUCAAAUAUGUCGACAUGGGAAGAGAAACUAAGGAGAGUUGUUACAGUGGAGCCGGUGAUUUUUCUCUACAUGACCAGCACUUUCAUCCUAACACCUGCAUAUCAACAGAUGAUCAUCACAAAGGUGUGUUUACAAUUGCUCAAGAAUGCUACUAUCUGCAGUAACCCUGAGCACCACAAAGGAGACGAGGAGGUUCAGGCUACAGCCUCCUACAUCCUGCUUCUGUUCAACGCCACCCUCAGCUUGGUCUCCAUCCCUCCUGCCAUAAUGCUGGGCUCCUGGUCUGACCGCGCUGGCCGUCGCUGGGUCAUGGCUCUCCCGUCUGUAUUGUCCCUGUUGAGUGGGGGGUUGCUCUUGGCUGUAGACUUGUUGGAAAACAUCAGCGUUUACUGGACCCUGAUGGCUGCUGCCCUAACAGGCUUGACUGGUGGCCAUGUCUCCAUUUUCCUCAGCUCAUUCAGCUACCUGGCCGACCUGACCAUAGGCUCCAGCUCCAGUCGCACUUUACGUAUGGCAGUGGCCGAGUCCAUGAUCUUCGUUGGAGGCUCAGUGGGCUUCUUAUUGGGUGGAUUCUUGGAGCAAGAAUUUGGACUCAAGGCAGCAUUCGGGGCCUACAUAGCCUGCCACGUCCUGGCAGUGCUUUAUAUUGUGCUUUGGCUGAGAGACCCUACGAUGGGAAAAAAUACUUGUUUAGCUCCCUGUGAAGAGAAUACAGUUGAGCAAGGUUCUCAUUCAGACAAGUCCUGGCUGUUUGUCCUGAAAUACGCCAAGCUGUCUUUCAAAGCAGUGUUCAAGAGGAGGUCAGAGCAGGAGAGACUGAAAUUGCUCUUUCUCAUUCUCUGCACCUUCAUAAAUAACCUGGUGGCUGUUGGGGAUCAGUCCAUCUUGCUGUUGUAUUUGAUGUAUGAGCCUAGAGAGUUCACAACUGCCCUGUUUGGCGUAUUUAACUCCGUGAGGAUGCUCUUGCUGGGCUUUGGUCUGCUGGUUCUGUUUCCUGUGCUGAUGAGGUGUAUGAAGGAUAUGACAUUAGCAAAACUCAGUGCUUUGUUCAGAAUCGCCUCUUACGUCAUUCUCGCCCUCUCGAACAACACAUGGAUGGUCUUCCUUGUUGCUGUAGUUGGUGCUCCAUCUGGGAUCAGCCAAGCAGUGAUUCGUUCUUUGUCUUCUGCCAUCGUGGGACAUGAUGAACAAGGUGCCAUGUUCUCCUUCUCGGCCUCAGUGGAAGCGACCUGCAUCCUUAUUGCUGCUACGAUCUUUAACGGGUUGUACCCCCUGACCCUGCCAACCUUUCCCGGGAUGCCCUUCAUCAUCAUGGCAGUCUUCACACUCAUAGUGCUCAUUCUCUUGCAGUGGAUUAGCGAGAUGCCAGCCACUCAUCCUCGACUUGUGCUUUCAGACUGAAUCUCCGCCUUCUGGGUUAUUCAAGUGGAUCCAUGAUUGGAUAUUGCACGCUUUUCUGUGGUGAACUGAUCUUCUCUAAAAGUCUUCAUGAAAAAAAUAAAUAAUCAUUUUUCUUUAUCGUGAGGAACACAUCACUUACUGGCACAUGUUCCACCGCAAACAAAAUUGUGUAAUUCAAAUGCAUUCAGCUGUUGCACUUAAAACAGAUUCAUUUGUAAUAUAUGUAAGUACUGUAUAAUAAAAUAUAAAAUCACAGAAUG